UCCCAUUCUCUAAAAUCAAAAUUGGAGACUUAACCUAAGAGCUGGGACAAAAGAAAGAUCGGGGACCCUGCUAUCGGCGUGAUCUCACUUCGCACUCUUGCUCUCAAUUUCACUCGCGCUCUCGAUCUCGAUCUCGAUCGUGCUUUCAUCUCGCUCGCACUCCGCUCCUUGAAUCUCUCUCUCCCUUGUUUCAACAAACUCUAUUUUUCUUUCUCGAUCAUAUCUAGGGUUUGUUACUCUCUGUUUUGAGUCUGGGAGUCUCGAGCAGGACACUGAUGAUUCCAGAAUUGCAUCUCCAGCUGCUAAGAAAUCCCUUCUUGGCAGAAUUAAUUAUUUAAUUAUGCUAUUAGUGAUGUCAACCAUUUGCUGCCAAAUCACUCUAAACCACUGUUUUCAAGUUAAGUUCUUGCUAAUGUGGUAUAUGUGAAAACCUCUGUUUUCAACUAUGUUCCCUAUUUCACCUUCAUCACUCUUUUUUUUGGGUAUCAUCUAUCAUGACUUCAUCGAUUCUUUUUUUUUUAGGUAUAAAUGAGUUUAAUUGCUCCUUCAAUUCAGUGGUGGGACUAACAAGAAAACUUCACAAUCAGAUUUGCUAAUCAGAAUUGGAGAAUAAGAGUGCCAUAUCUAAGAGUUGAGGGAUUGUUGAAUUUGAUUGUAGAGCUUGAGAGCGGAAGCCACGACUGUGUCCACCGAGAAGGCUUCAUCUUCGAACAGCAUCUGAUUUCUCGUCUUCCAUAUGAGCCAACUCGGAAUCACCAUCAAACUGUACGGAGAAGGAGCUUCGUCGCCGUCAAGAUCGAUAGAAUGAAUUGUCGAUAUCCUCUUCUACUGAUGUGGAUGGAAUACGGUGAUUCAGUGUUUGAAGGGUUGGGAGCCUCUCAUGAAAUCCCCUCCAAAGAAAGAUCUUGAUCUUCACCGGAAUCCUCAGCUGCCACAUAUCCUUCCAGAGAGCUCGAUUUUGCAUAGCUUCAGAGCAAAAUUCAACCGGUGGGUGAUUGAACCUUGAAUUCGGCAGGUUGAGCAUUGAUGAUUAUGGAACGGAGAAUGGAUAAGAAUCAGACAACCAGGGGUCUCUAAAGAUCUUGAUGCUGUUCCCAUCACUAACAUGCCAUACUAGCCCCUUCUCAAUGACCUUCCGCCCCUCCAAAAUACUGCGCCAACCCCACCAAGAUGUCUUACUCAAGGAGAUCAAGGUAUUCUCCUUCUUUCCCGUCCCCAUACAAGGGGUACAGCAGGUAGAGCAGGUCCUUAUCCAGGUUUCUUUCAAGGUCAAGAUUGAGAAGCCGUUCAAGGAGCGUCUCAAGUGAUGCAGAAAAUUCUGGAAAUAACUUGUAUGUGACUGGAUUAUCUCCUAGGAUCACUAAGAGAGAACUGGAGAAGCAUUUUGCAGCUGAAGGAAAGGUCAUAGAUGUACAUCUUGUAGUUGAUCCGUGGACAAGAGAAUCACGUGGGUUUGGCUUUGUGACAAUGGCAAAUCUUGAGGAUGCUGAUCGAUGUGUGAAAUAUUUAAACUGCUCUGUACUUGAAGGG